AUGCAGGCCUCAACACCAGCAAUGUCUACCAAGCGUGUACGCGCUGAAACUGUGACGAAUGGCCGCGACAUUUUCAACGAAGCGCUCGAUACUUCGGCGCGGUCCCUAGUACAAGAUCCCAACGAUAUGACAACGGCUCCAGGACAUCAGCCUGGUGGUCUCGAGGAGCCGGAGACCCAAUCUGUACCCAUUCCUGUUCAGUGGGAAGAGCCACCGCGCGUGCCCAUCGGUGAACUACCCGGCUUGAACCUGUAUUCCACUCAGAGUGUUGUGGGCCACUCGGAGGGCGAAGACGACAGCCUUCUCACGCCUCUUACCCCCCUAUGGAACAUCUUCCCCCCUUCUCAACCGGGAAAUGGGUCAGCCACCACCAACCGUCUGCUAUAUAACCAAUACAAGCUCCCAGACGAGCCGACGGAGAAGCUCAAGGUACUCCGCCCGGACUUUCGCUCCCAACCACUCAUCGCUGAGCGCGAAGCCACGCCCGAUGAGGUUCGGGGCGUCGUCCGCAUGGUCUCCGAACAAUUACUACGGACAUUUCCCCGUGUCGGGAGCCCCUAUAAUACCGACAAGGAAGCCUUGGACGCAGAGCACGCUCUUACUACACCCUGGGCUUUCUACCACACUCUCUUUCGCCCUCAGCUGGUUCAGAGUCUCAACAGGGCGACGUCCGACACCGGCAAGCCGGAUAGUAUCUCCGGGUUUUGGCAACCUUCGAAGUGGACGGCUUUAUGGGCUCUAUGCGAAGAGCAAGAGUAUCCUCAACGCCAGAAGUUCUGGCAAUCGUUGUACAACACAUUUGUAUCUAUGGUAAACUCACCCCAACAUGGAGGUGCCACCUCGGUCCGCGCGGCUGUGCAGUCUGCCAAGGCCCGUCAGUCUACAUUGAAGCAAUUCCGCCUUGCAGGUCAGAUGGCGGCAGCAAAAGCGCACUACGUUCCCUGUCACAAAGCCUCGAUGAGCAACAACGAUAAGCGCUUCAUAGCAGAGAGUGAGGAUAUCAAGCGUCUGGCCAUCGAUUCUGGAGCCCUCAAUUCAUCGGAGAUCUUAUUGGUCGAUGAGACGUGGCAGCGCAUUGUCAAGCCGCCGCCUGAAGCUGGUCUUCAAGCUGUGAUACUAUAUGAUGCUGCGUCUGUGAAGGGUAACAUCAUCAAGCAAGGCAACAUUAUCGGUGGCGCAUUGUAUAACGCCGACAUGCUCACCUCGCAGGCAUCUGAAGUAUCACAACAGAUGUUGGCCCUCGAGAUGGCUCAGCUGGUGCAACACCUGCAGUGA